AUGUGCCACUUUCAGGUCUCCUCACACUGCUGGUGGGUUCCAUUUUGUCAUAGGGUGCUGGCAGAUUACGGGCCUCCCAUUGCUGCUGCCAGGCCCCUAAUCUGCCAUGGGCCCCUGUACCGCCUCCUCAUGCUGCUGCCAGGUCCACAGUGUGUCAUGGGUCCCUGUACCGCCUCCCAUUGCUGCUGUCUCCAUCGCCACACUCUGCCAUGUGCCACUUUCAGGUCUCCUCACACUGCUGGUGGGUUCCAUUUUGUCAUAGGGUGCUGUAUGGCCUCCCAUUGCUGCUGCCUCCACCGCCACACUGUGGCUCCACACUCUGGUUUUGGCCCCGUGACUGCCCAAAUGAGUGAAGUGUGCGGUGAUUCUAAGAUCGACGGCACUCAUCUGCAUGUCAUACUGACUGACGGUAUUAUUUCUCUUCCCCAGCAGACUCCAAGGGCAUUUAAAUUAAAGGUACAGUGUUCUGCACUAAUAUAA